AAUCACAACAGGUUAAUAGUAGUAGUAGUUCAUCUCACAGUAAUGAAAUUAAUUUUCCUCACCAAAAUAAAUCAAAAUAUUUACAGUUAACUCAGGUUUUUAUAUAAAUUAUUACUAGAAAUUACUCAUCUACGAAUAUUAUAAAUAAAUUAUAUAAUAUGGCAGCUCAAGUAGAACUCACAAGUACUGAAACUGAAAUGGAAAAAUGUUAUGAAAACUAUAUUAUAAUCGAUGUUGGGGCCAACUUGACUAACAAAAAGUACAGUAGAGAUUUGGAUUCAGUUGUACAGAGAGCCAAAGAUUCAGGUGUUCAGAAAAUAAUGGUUACUGGUACUUCCGUAAAAGCCAGUAAAGAAGCUUUAAGACUCACUAGGAUAUAUCCAAAUACUCUGUAUUCAACUGCAGGAAUACAUCCGCAUGAUGCCAAAUCUUAUACUGAAGAAUCCUGGGAGGAAUUGAAAGAGUUAGCUAGUAAUCCGGAAUGUGUAGCUAUAGGAGAGUGUGGCUUGGAUUAUAACAGGAAUUUCUCAGAACCUGAGGAUCAAAGGACGGUAUUCAGGAAACAUAUUGAACUUGCCAUCGAACUCAAGAAACCUCUGUUCAUACACGAAAGAGAUGCCUAUGAAGAUUUAAUAAAACUUUUAGAAGAAUUUAAAACUACACUUCCUCCUGUGCUCAUUCAUUGCUUCACAGGAACCUCUGAACAAGCACUUGGAUAUCUCGAUAAAGGAUUUUACAUAGGACUAACUGGUUACCUUUGUAAAGACAAAUCAGAUACAGGCGUGAGAAAAUUACUAGAGGAUGGCUCUAUACCGUUAGAGAGACUAGUUGUAGAAACGGACGCACCAUUUAUGUACCCGAACACUCGAGCCUCAAAAUUGCCAAAUCAUGUUAAAGAAGGCUUGACAGAAAGGUCGCUGACAUUUUUGCAUCGCUACUGUACUUUCCAAAGAAACGAACCUUGCUCUUUGCCUGCCAUAGUCGAAAUGAUCGCGUCAUUUAUGAAGAAGAAGCCGGAAGAAGUGGCGCUGGCUACUUCAUUCAAUGCCAUGAAACUGUUUGGACUGUCGUAGUCCUAUCCUAUUUAUUCAUACAACGAAUGCAUAUCAAAAUAGAACCCUGCACCAUUCUUACAGCGAGUAGUAUCUUGUUGAAUUGUCUGAAUGUUUUUGUAUAAUGUAGGUAUAUGCUCGUUACAAGUUCGGACUUCCUUUGCCUAAAAAGUCGUUAACAGAUUUGAAAUUUCAGAGGAACAAAUAGAAUGAAAAUGAAUGAAAUGUUAAAAUCAAUGGAAUCACUGAAAAUUACCUGAAGAAAAUAUUCGGGCAAGUUAGUUAAAAUCAUUAAGCAAUUAGUAUUGAAAUUUAUAAAAUGUAAGAACGCUAAUUAGCUAAGCAAACAAAUUAUUGUGACCCGAAAAGAAAAUGCAUUAAUACCUAAAUGGGUCAAAAGUGAAAUGUGAAUAAUAUACAGACUAGAAAAAUGAAAUGAAAAUAAAAUAAAUGGUGAAAAAUGCAAACAACGUUCCAAUUAUCAGUAUCCACAAUCGUCUUCGGGAUUAGUGGUUUCCAUAUCUUGCAUAUUUCCACACUAGCCUAGCUGAAUGGGUCGUUGUCCAAUGUGUUAUGCAGCUUCAGUGUUUUUUUUCUGUGUAUGAUUUCAGCUUAAGACCAUUUGAUGUCAUGUUGACAAAUUUUUAAACUCAUUGCUUGUACUUAUUUCUGUAUUUUAAAUAAGUCAUUGGAAUAUUUAGGUUCCGUAAGUUUUAGUAUUUUCAGAAAUUCUAACAUUAUAUUCAUUUUAUUUGUUUUUUUUAACUUUGGACAAAAAGUUAUUCUUCACCAAAAGUUUCAGGACUAAAACCUAAUACGCAACAAUCGGUUAUCAAAUUCUUUCAGUCCUAUACGAGGUUUGCCAAAAAAUAUGAAUUUUGCUCAAGAGUAAAGUAACUCUUCAAGACAAUAUCGAAAAUUUUAUACAAAACAAGAUGAUCAGAAUUGAAAAUUACAUUACAAUAUGCGCGAUUGUAAUACUUUAUAAUAAAAAAUUAGGUUUUUUAAUUUUUUACAAAUAUAUAUUCACUUUUUGAAUGUAUUUUAUUUUCAUUUAAUGUUUAUUGAAAUUAAUACAAAAGUGAUAACUUUUGUUUCUUGAUGUUUUCUAAUUAUUUUACAUGUGUAAUAAUUAUAAUUGAAUUUUUGUUAUUGUAGAGAACUACAAUACAUUUGUGUAUAAUUUAUAAAUAACACUGUUUGAUAUUGGAGCUGAAUUCAUAGUUUUUGACACAUCUCGUGUAUGACGGAAAGAAGUUGAUAAUUGAUGAUAACAUUUUCGGUUUUAGUUCUUGCAGAACUUUUCUAGAAGUUUUCUAUAUGGUUCCUACAUAUUGAGAUAUACUGUAUAUUUUUUAAUGAUGAUGCCUAGUACAAACCACAUUGUAAAACUAGUUCUCGAGCUGAAUAGUCUUGAAUUUCA